CCGUGUGGGAGGGACCAAGGAAUGGGUCAGUGGCCGAGGGUGUAUAUAAGACCUCGCGCCCUGAUGGGUCCAUCACAGUCGUCUUGAAGCUCUCCUUACGCUGCCACUCUCUCGCUCAACAUGAAAGUUUUGUAUCUAGUGUUGGUGGUGGCCCUGGCCGCCCUGAUGGGGUCAGCCCGAGCUAUGCCUGACCCCUACGCCCUGGCUGGCCCUGACCCCUACGCUGAGGCUGACCCCGCUGCUGACCCACACUGGCGACGCCGCUUCGGCGGUUUCGGCGGAUUUGGCGGCUAUGGUGGCUAUGGUCGUGGCUUUGGAGGUUAUGGUGGUUAUGGAUUUUAUGGUUAAUCGUGGACUGCGCCUUUCGUCUUCCGCCUGGACCACGACCUCCCACAACACCGUGCCGCGGUAGCUGACAUUGGCAGAUCAGUCGUGACUGAGGGAACGCGGCCAACCAACACUAACCUUCACCAACACGCACCAUAACGGGGUCUUCAAACACGCCCUCAAUGGCUGUUGGAUCGUGGGCAUUAUAUAGUUUAUCAAUUAGCACAAUAAAAAUAAUCUCAA